GCCGGCCGGGGGAUCCGGCGCUGCCGGAAUAAGAGGCUACGGGAGCGCGUAUCGGAGCGGAGGUAGCGUUGUGUCCCGGAGUUUCUCUGGGCAGGGGGUGGGCUGCAGCCCCCAUGGAUAAAUACAAAGCUCUCGAGCAGCUGCUGACAGAACUUGAAGAUUUUCUGAGGAUCCUGGACAAGGAGAACCUGAGCAGCACUGCUGUUGUGAAGAAGAGCUUCCUCUCUGACCUGCUGCGAGUCUACACCAAGUCCAGUGGUGGAGAUGAGGAAUAUAUUUAUAUGAACAAAGUGAUCGUCCACAAAAACCAGGAUGACCAGGAGAAACAAGACAAAGGGCUGGACCGGAGAAACUCCUUAACCAAUGGAGACUCGGGAUUGCAUUCGUCCCCUCCUCAGAAGAGCCUGCCGGACCUCCCCCCUCCAAAGAUUCCUGAAACGAAACAACCUCCAGUCCCCAAGAUUGAAUCCCCAGAGGGAUAUUACGAAGAGGCUGAGCCCUAUGAUGUCUCUGUUAAUGAAGAUGGUGAAGCUGUUAGCAGCUCCUAUGAAUCUUAUGAUGAAGAAGAAAGCAGCAAAGGCAAAUCAGCAACCCAUCAAUGGCCAUCCCCAGAGGCCACCAUUGAGCUGAUGAAGGAUGCCCGCAUCUGUGCUUUCCUAUGGAGGAAGAAGUGGCUGGGACAGUGGGCAAAACAACUCUGUGUUAUCAAGGACACCAGGCUGCUGUGCUACAAGAGCUCCAAAGACCACAACCCUCAGCUUGACGUGAAUUUGCUGGGUUGCACUGUGAUUCACAAGGAAAAGCAAGUGAAGAAGAAGGAGCACAAGCUGAAGAUCAUCCCCAUGAAUGCAGAUGUCAUCGUGCUGGGGCUGCAGAGUAAAGACCAAGCAGAGCAGUGGCUCAGGGUAAUCCAGGAGACCAGUGGUCUGCUGUGUGAAGGAGGCACUGAAGGCAACCAGUACAUCCCGGAUUCACAGCGUCUCAGUUACCCAAAGGUGGAGGUGUCGGAGAGGUGCUCUGCAGCCUCAGAGAGUGGGAGCAGCACGGAUGGUCACACAGAGAUGCCCGAGACAAAAGAUGUUAAGAAGAAGGGCACAACUGGCCUGAAACUCAGCAACCUGAUGAACCUUGGGAGGAAAAAAUCCAGCUCCCUGGAUAGCCCAGAGAGAUCCUUGGAGACUUCCAGCUACCUGAAUGUGCUAGUGAACAGUCAGUGGAAGUCCCGUUGGUGUCAGAUAAAAGAUGGUCACCUCCAUUUCUACCAGGACAAGAACAGAAGCAAACUGGCUCAGCAGCCCCUGAGCCUGGCAGGUUGUGAAGUCAUCCCAGAGCCAAGCCCUGAUCAUCUCUACUCCUUCCGCAUCCUGCAGAAUGGGGAAGAACGGGUCAUUCUGGAGGCAAAGUCCUCAGAGGAAAUGGGCCACUGGCUGGGCCUCCUCUUGUCAGAGUCGGGCUCCAAAACAGACCCAGAGGAAUUUACCUAUGAUUAUGUGGAUGCUGACCGAGUUUCCUGCAUUGUGAGCGCUGCAAAGAACUCCUUCUUCUUGAUGCAGAGGAAGUACUCUGAGCCCAACGCCUAUAUUGACAAUAUGCCGAAGGGCAGAAUGCAGCAGGAGGAGCUGUACGAUGAUGUGGAUCUGCCAGACGUGCCCCUGGAAGAAGUACCCAAGAGUGAGAGCAAAUUGGAGGGGGACCAAGACAGAGUAUACCUGGAUCUCACCCCAGUGAAGUCCUUCCUCCACUGUGCUGGCAAGAAGUCGUGCCAGCCUUCACCCCUCAGCUCACCAUCUUUAGAAAGGGCUGCCAGCAAGGCUGCCACAGAGAGCCCAGCUGAGACAGCCCUCUUGGCCAAGGAUGCUGAGCCCUGUAGUAAAGCAACAGAGACCUCAGAGGAGAAACACCUAGAGAAGCCAGAGCCUGAUGAGGCCUCACCACGGAUUCCUGCCAUCAAAAUCCAGAUGCAGCAGCAGAACAUCGCCUUCCCCCAGCCAGCCCCUGAGCCCCCGGUGGGGACAGCGGGCACAGGGACAGUGGGCAGUCCCCAGCUGCUGCCUGCCCACCGACCCAAGAUGCCUCUGCCAGCAGCAGCAGUGGAAACCAAGCUGGGCAAGAACAGGACAGAGGCGGAGGUGAAGCGGUUCACAGAGGAGAAGGAGAGGCUGGAGAAGGAGAAGGAGGAAAUCCGGGCUCAGCUCACCCAGCUGCGCAAGGAGAGGAGGGAGCUGAAGGAAACACUGGCAGGCAGCACAGACAAGAGCCUGGAGCAGAGGCUGAAGGAGAUAGAAGAGGAGUGCAAAAGGAAAGAGAGCCGGAGGGUGGACCUGGAACUGAGCCUGGUGGAGGUGAAGGAGAACCUGAAGAAAGCAGAGUCUGGCCCUGUGACAUUGGGCACUGCAGUGGACACCACACACCUGGAGAAUGCAGCCCCCCGGAUUCAGGCAAAAAGUGCUAGUCCAGCAAACAGUGCAGACAACUCGCCAGUCAAUUCAGCAACGGCUUUAAAAAACCGUCCCUUAUCAGUCAUGGUGACAGGGAAGGGAACAGUCCUACAGAAAGCUAAGGAAUGGGAGAAGAAAGGAGCGAGUUAGAACCACGUUUUUCAGAGAUGGACUAAAGACUGGAACUGUUCACACAUGGCCAAGGGGAUUUAACCAUCUGUAGGUGGAGGCUGGGUGUGCUACACAACCACACAAGUGCCUCCUCCACAUCUCACCACUGGCUCAGAGGCAGCAAUGGAGCAAACAGCUGCUGGAAUGAAUUAUCCCAAAUGAUCUUGCUCUUUCCAGACAAGUCCCAAUCACGUAGCUAAAACAGUAACAACCAGUGGCAAUCUUUGCAUCAAAUUCCUAACCCAGUUGAUGUAAACAAGAAUGUUACUGUACAUAGGGGUGUUUUGUGUAUUUCUACUCUGAAGGUUUAUCAAUGAGUUAUUAAGGUUUCUAUAUUAGUGACAAUAGUGGGUUCAGAAGGGGCCUCUGCUAUUCUUUAUGGCCCCAUGGUUUUCAACCUCUUGUGGCAAAUUGCAGUCAACUGAAGUCUCCCCUGUCUUGCUGCCACUCAUCACUCAGCUGCAGAUCAUCCAGCCUUCAGGCAAGGGUGUUACCAACACCUGGGCAAUGCUUGAGACACAAAUGAGAAGCACACAGCAGCCUGUCCAGGAGAUUUUUAAUGGGUGUCCCGAUGCAUCCCAGCAUGUGCUUACUCCUACCAGAAGCAGAUUUGCCAGAAUUUCAAGGAAGAUCCCUGUUCACCACCUUGUGAUGUGAGUUGUGUUCCAGACUGGUGGCAGUGAGAGCACUGGGCAGAGAUCUGCCAAGCAGAUUCGGUUAUUUUUUUUUUCAAGAUCUUGAUAUACUUCACCUGAGGAGUUUGUUCUUAAAAAGAAAAAAAAAUAAAAUAAAAUCCUAUUUGAAGGUUUGUUAAUAAUUUACCAAAGGCCCAAGCCUGUUCAGCUGUUGGAGGGUAAGCUAGACCCCCAUGUAAAGGAUUUGCCCUUUCCUGGGGGAGGGGAAAUAAAGCAAUCCCCAUGCUCCUGCCCUCACUUUGCUGAUGCUCCCUGGUCCUCACAGAGCCACAGCUCUAAAAUCUGCUCCAGACAAGCCCAUAGGUAGGGAUCUCCUCCAGGGCCAGCCAGCCAGGUUGCAGAGCCCUGUCUCUGGUGGGCUGCUGGCCAUCUUGGUGCUGUCACCCUUAUUUCCAAAUUAGUAAAGUUAACAUAGGCUUUGGGUCCCACAAAUCCCACCCUCUCUGCCCUAGCCAAGCUUUCUAAUGGAAGCUUUUGGAUGUCUGGGACUGCUGAAUUCAGAUGUAGUGAAAGUUGAUUGUCAGCAAUCCAUGCACCCUUUCCUUCUUGUAACCUUGUGUCCUGGCUGAUGGCCUGGAGAUAAAGCACUUGAUCAGGGUAUGCUGGAGGCAAGAAAGAUGCUGUUGCUUCCCAUCUUUUACUUUGAAAAGCUUACUUUGCUGUUAUGCAAAUGCAGGAAUGUGCUGGUCCCAGGCAUCAGGAGGAGUUCAUGUGCCCCAGCUGUCAGACCUGGCUCUGUGCAAGGUCUGUAUAUAGGAAGCCCUCAUGCAAAUAAACCACUGAAACUUCUGGUUCAGGACCCAGGGGACUUUCCUCCCCAAAGCACAGGGUGGCCAUGGACCCCCAAGAAACUUCUGGUUUUUGUCCCAUCAUGAGCUGGCAGGAGACUCUCUCUACACUCUAAAUAGAUGUGUAAUGUCAUGCCCUCACCAUCCACCCUGCUGUCAUCCUCCAGAAGUUGUCCAGACAUUUCACAGUGGUACUGAGACAGCCAUGGAUGAGAGCAGCUCUGCUUUACCCACCACAGCCCAAGCAGCUUCUGCUGUCCAGCUGGGAUAUCUCAGUCUGGGGAUGAUAAACACAGGCAAGUCUGAGCAACACCCAUUCCCCAGACAAGACCCAUUAAACAAUGUCUCUGUGUCCCCAUUGUUCUCCUAACUCAAGGCAUUUCCUUUGUUGUAACUAUGACCUAUAAAGUGGCGCUUUAGAGGGGUUUUAUAAUAAAAUGUU